ACUUUGACGUGGUGGUUCGCUGGGUGUGGCCUUAAACCACAGCUCUUUUGGGCACUUGAAAGCUACUUAGCACCAUUUAGAGUACAAGCACGCGCACUUCUCAAGGGUAUUUAAAAGUGUGGAAUGUUGUCUGGCGCAAAUAGUUGCCCACUGCUGUGUGAAUAGCCAUGGUGGUGCGACGGGAGCAGGGCAGAUGGACUGGGGCACUUUUUUUAAAGCGUUUAUCAGUAAAUCAAAUCAGCCGGUCGAGGGGAUGUGUCGGGGUAGAUCACUUCCUCUCCUUCUCUUAUGAGUCCUGAUAGUUUUCCCCACUGCCAGAUGAAAGUGGGUUCGCCUUGAAUGGGAGGGGGGUUAAUGCUCUGCUGGGGCUGAGGUGAUUCACUGGCCCAUUUAGGGUCCUGCUCAGUGAUUGAGAGUCACCACAGAGCACGCACCAUCCAACAUGGGCGACUAUAACGAAGACACAGCCUUCCUGGGCCAAACGGGACCCCACUUCUGGACUACAUUUAUCCUUCUCAACACCAUCUUUGUCUCCACUGGAUUCAACGGGCUCUAUAUCGUCUUUGUUGGGGCGGUCCCUGAGCACCGCUGCCUCGUCCCGGAGGUCAACCUCACAGCAGCGUGGCAGGACGCCAUCAUUCCCAUCACCGAGGUGGACGGUCGUGAAGUACGCAGUCAGUGUCGGCGCUACAAGCUGGAUGUGGUUCGGAACCUCUCGGCGAAAGGAUACGCUCCGGUGACGGACGCCAACCUCACAGGCCUGGAGCAGGAGAGCUGCUUGGACGGCUGGAGCUACAGCAAAGACAUUUACCAGGCCAACAUUGUCACCGAGUGGGACUUGGUUUGUGACAACCAGUGGAAAGUUCCCUUUGCAUCCUCUACUCUGUUCGUGGGAUAUCUCCUCGGCUCACUGAUCUCAGGCCAGCUUUCUGACAGGUUUGGGCGAAAAAAGAUAGUUUUUAUCUCUCUAGGAGCCCAGAGCAUCUCUGUCCUUUUGCAAUCCUUCUCCCAGUCGUGGAGGAUGUUCUGCAUAACGUUCCUGUUCGUCGGAGCCUCCCAGAUUUCAAUCUACAUCUCCGCCUUUGUACUAGGAACUGAGGUGUUGAGCAAGACGCUCCGUGUGAUCUUCACGACACUCGGGGCGUUCCUCUUCUACUGCAUCGGCUACAUGAUGCUGCCAUGGAUCGCAUACAGCAUCAGGGACUGGAGAACCCUCCUGGCCGUUCUAUCCGCGAUCUCUGUGGUCUACAUUCCUCUGUGGUGGUUUAUCCCAGAGUCCCCCCGGUGGCUGAUCACUCAGGGAAGAGUGGCGGAGGCUGAAGCCAUCAUAAGAGACGCCGCUCGGAAGAACAAAGUCGAGGCGCCGCUUGUUAUCUUCAGAGGAUCUGAGUCACUGCCUCCGAGCAAAGCAUACACCAUGCUUGACGUCCUGAGAUCCAAGAACAUCAGAUGCAUCACACUAAUGUGUCUUGUUCUGUGGAUUGCAAUCAACGUGGGCUAUUUCGGUUUAUCCCUGAACACCUCCAACCUCAGUGGGAACCCCUUCAUGAACUGCUUCCUGUCGGCGACCACCGAGGUACCUGCCUAUGUUGUGUCCACCUGGCUCCUGAAGAGGUGUCCCAGAAGGGCUCUACUGUCCACCUUUCUGGUCAUCGGUGGAGGAGUCCUCCUGCUAAUCCAGUUCAUUCCGCCCAGCCUCGAGUAUGUGGCCUUAGCUCUGGAAAUGACCGGCAAGUUCGGUUUCACCAUGGCCUUCGGCAUCGUCUAUAUCUACACGGCAGAGAUCUACCCCACCGUACUCAGGAACCUUGGCAUGGGAAUAUGCUCGUCGGCCGCUCGCAUCGGAAGCAUCACGGCUCCCUACGUCAUCUAUUUAGGCACUUACAACAAGGUUCUACCGUACAUUCUCAUGGGGAGUCUAACCAUCGCCUCCUCCGUGGUCAACAUCUUCCUUCCGGAGACCUUGAACAAAGAUCUUCCGGAAACUCUGGAACAGAUGCAGGAAUGGCAAGGGUUGUGCUGUAGACCCAAAAAGAAGAACUAUGCAGAAAACGGAGGAAGCGGACUCCAGCAAAAGCAGAAUGAAGCCAAAAGUGACCUGCAAAGUCUUACUGUGUAGCUUCCCAAGUAGCAUUAAUUCACUUUUUGUGUGUCCAAGACUGGGUUUUCCUCUUUUUUUUUACUUGGAAAUCAGAAACAAAUAUUUUUGAAAAGGUUGAUGCCUGCUGAUUUGCAUUUUGAUCAUUUGUUUUGUAGAACUUUCCAUUUGUGUUUGAUGUUGAAACACAUGGAUACCUCACCGGUCUUUAAUUACAUGUAAAUAAAAUCAGAUCGAAAAUC